AUCGGCCUGUAAUGGCGGGCUCCCGGGGCGCCUGCGCAGUUGGCGUGUAGUCGCGGGUUCACGUUUCCUUUUGCGCUGCCCAAGCCCUCUCUCUCUCUAUAUAGAUAUAUAAAUAGUCUGCAGCAAGGAAAAAUACGAAAAAAAAGUGGGAGUUAUCCUCAUCAUUCAUCAGACAUGGCUUCUUUUGAAAGCUUGUUCUCAAGACCCCCAAACCCAGCCCUUGACAAAAACAUGACAGACUCUGAGCAUGCAGGGGAUGAAAGAGAGGAUGGGGAACUGGAAGAUGGUGAAAUAGAUGAUGGAGGCUUUGAAGAAGAAAAAGAACCAAAAGCAAUUGAGUCUGAAAAGCCAGUCAGUGAAAAAGUUCACAAAAAAUCUAAAAAGAGGAGGAAGAAAGAGAGAGAGAAGGAAAAAAAGAAAGAAAAACGUCGCAGACGUGAAAAACAAAAGCAUAAUUUUCCCGUCAGUGAUAACAGUUCAGACUACAGCUAUGAUUCUGACACUGAUCAUGCAGAAAGACCGCACAAAGAAUUGAUACACAAAGAUUUUGAUUCCAUGUUUGCUCAGCCUCCACCUUUUUUAGGAAACUACACGUCUCCAAAAGCAAAGAGGAAGAAGAUUAUGAAUGAGUAUGAUGAUUAUGGAAACUAUAGUGAUGACGACUAUAACGAUGAAGAGGAUGAUUUCGCUGAACAGCUUAAACACUAUCGACAAGCUAAGGAAAGUUCAAAUACCUCUGAACCCCCUUUUAAGAACCCUUGUACAAAAGGAAUUCAGCAAGGACCUGAUCAGCAAGGUAAGGGCUUUUACUAUGGGAGAGGUCGUGGCGCACAGAAGAAGAUGAAUAUGAAGGAUCGUGGAAGAGAAAGAGGUGCUCAUAAGGGACCAAACACUUACUAUCAAGAUGGAUUUCAAGAGGACAAUAAACCUGUUAAAAAAUGGGUUACUAUGAGUCAAGAGUUUAUUAAUCAGCAUACAGUGGAACACAAGGGAAAACAAAUCUGCAAAUACUUCUUGGAGAAGAGGUGUAUUAAGGGAGACCAGUGUAAAUUUGAUCACGACGCAGAGAUUGAAAAGAAAAAAGAAAUCUGCAAGUUUUAUAUAUUGGGAUACUGUACCAAAGGAGAGAACUGCCUUUACAUGCACAAUGAAUUUCCAUGCAAGUUUUUCCAUACAGGAGUAAAAUGCUACCAAGGAGAUAACUGCAAGUUUUCACAUGAACAAUUGACUGACGACAUGAGGGAAUUACUGCAUAAGCAUUUAAAAAUGGAAGAAGAGCCACAGCAUGAAGAAGAAAACGACAUGGACAACAUGCGACGACAUGGAGCAAAGUUUUACAACUCUCCAUACAUGGGAAUGCAAUUCCAAGGCAAUCCUCCAUCAAUGUACAACUCUGAACCACUUCCAGAACCACCAUCCAAUGUUUUGCCUGUGACUACAAGUCCACCAAUACAAACUGCUGCUGGGUAUUGUAGCCCAAAUAUGCCGGUAAUGAAUGCACCAUUUGGUACUUCUGGAAUGCCAGGCCAUAUGGGAAACAACCACAGAGAUGGUCACAGUUUGCCAUGCCCUCCCUUUCUUCAGAAUGCAGAUGACCCACAGCAUGUUAUGCAAUCUCAGAACAGCUAUCAGACUAUGCAGAAUCAACCUGCAUUCUAUGAUAACUAUUAUUCACAGCAAGCCGUUCAUAAUGUUCAACCCUCGAACCCUGCUGAAUCAAUGCAUAAUGUUUUAUUUUCAAGAAUUGGAAAAAAUCUUGACAUGGGAGAAGCUAAUAUGAAUCCACUGCCAAGGUCUACAAGCAAGGAGGAAGAUGAUAUUGCAAACUGGUACACAAGCAGUGAGGAAGAAGAUGGGAGUGGUGUGUCUUCAAUCUUAAAAACAUUACGAAAUCAAGCAAAACUUGCAAGAAAUAAUUCAACUGAACAGCAAGUUAGUGCUCCACAAUUUGAUCCCAGACUAGCAAAAGAUAGGGUUACAGGAAUGCAAACUACUGAUCCCAGAAUAAAACCCCCUCAAACACAAAAUCUUAGGAGUCCUGGAGAAAUAGUUAGCACUGAUCCAAGAGUUGUCCGUGACCCUAGAAAAAUUAAACCUGUUGAGAUCUCACCAUGUAGUAGUAGUGUGAGAUCUGAUACUCCUCUUGCACAACCUGCAGGAAAAGUAAAGCAAAAAGGAGUUGAUGACGAGGAAGAAGAUUUAGAAAGAGAACUGAGGGAGAAAGCUGUUCUAAUACCUUUAGAAAUGCCACCUGGCAUAAGUUUAAGAGACCCCCGAUGUAAACUUCGACAAUUUAGUCACAUUAAAAUGGAUGUUUUACUGGCCAAGCCAAACUUUGCAAAACUGAUUGUGUGGGCACCUGAAGAUUUAUUACCAGUACCUCCACCUAAACCAGAUCCGGUUUCAUCCAUCAACUUACCAUUGCCUCCACUUAUAGCCGACCAAAGGCUUAAUAAAUCAAGAAAUCUAGCAAGUGAAUUGCAUCACUCUGCUGUCGAUCCAAGAUUAGAACGGCUAGAUCCAAGACUAGAAACAAAAGUUAAGCAGACAGGUGUCCCUGUUAGAAGUAGUUUUCCAGAACAAACAGAAUCACAUGUUAUCAGUAACAAACUGGGGGAUCCUCGGCUGCAAAAAAAUCUUAAUACGAGGCUACACAGAACAUCCAGCACAGAUAGCCAACCUGGUAAUCUGAAAGAUUCUGGUUCAGUGAAAGUAUAUACUCACGGGGCUGCUCGAUCAGGAACUGGUUUGUCACCACCACCUGUUCCAAUUAAAUCGGAACAUGAGUUCCCCAGCUUACCUCCUUAUGCCUCCAAACUAUCUUCUUCAAAUGUUCGAGUAGGAGCUCCAGUCUCCAUCCUGAAAAAUAUCAGUUUGUAUGAUCCAAGGGAUAAUACACCUAAUUUAGAUUCUGGUCCAGUCAGUGCAGGAGAAAAUGGCGAUUACCAGAAAACCACUGUACAUUCUGACAAGCCGUGCAAAAAUGACGCUGAACAGAUAGACAAUUUGCAACAAUGUAAAGAUGUCGAAAUACCAUUGCAAUCAAACACCCAGGUUUCAGAGGAAAGUAAAGAGAAAGAAUCUGAUGAUGCAACUGAAAAAAUUGUUCCUGCACUGCCUGUCCUUUCACAAGCAGCCACCACACCAGCAGUGCAUAACCUGCCAAUUCAGGCUUUAACUGGACUCAUGCGAUCACAUUACAAUGAGCCAAGGCAAGUAAAAACAGGACAGACAAAUCAAGUGCAAGAUGACAAUGCAGAAAUGGAGCCAGAAGACAAGUCCUUAAAAGAGGUCUUUAAGACAUUUGACCCCACAGCUUCACCAUUUUGUUAGCGUUGCUUAAGUAGCUUGGGUACAUUCGAUUUUUAUUUUUCUUGCUAGUCUGGAGCAGGCUCACUUCUGUAUUUUUAUUAUUUAUUUGUAAAUUAUAAACAAACACCUGUAAGCUGCUACACCUCAUUUUGAAAUGCAUACAGAUGUAUGUUAUGCUGAUUGCAAAUCUGUGGUAUUUUACCAACCUUGUGUAUUUUGGUAGUUGUGUUAAAAACACAAGAUGUAGAUUACAUAAAGCACUUUCAUUGUACAUAGAACAUAAUGCAACAAUAGACAAGUGUGUGCUUGUAUCAUAUUUCAAUGUAUAUAUGUGUAUAUAUAGAUAUUGGUGUGUAUGUGUGUUUAUAUAUUAUUCUAAAACUGUCUUUGUUCAUUAUCUUUAUUGAUAAAUGUUUACACAUUUGUAUGGCUAUAUGGUAUUAAGCAAUAUUGUGUAAAUUAUGGAUAAGAACAUCAAUAGCAAAUGCAGGAAGUAUAGGGAACUAACUUUAACAACAGAAGCGUAUAAUAAGCUAGCUUUAAGCUUGCAUUUCAGACAAAUCUAAUCUUUAAACGAUUAUUUACUAAAGUAUAGAUUUAAAAGGAAUUUAACAUUUUAAGGCUUGGUGGCCAAGCUGAAAAAUAUCUGAGAAUUUUUCCAGUUGCUUUAUUUUGACCUUAAAUUGAAAAUCACUUUGCAUUCUCAUUUUCCAAAACAACACUUUAGUGUCAGUCACAUUUCAUUGCUGUUGAUAAAUGUAAUGUAUAAACAGAUCACAUUCAUGUAUUCUUGUAGUUUAAAUUAUGUUUUAAAUCAUUUUUAUCAAGCACUGUACAUAGAAUAAAGGCAUAGUACAGAACUCUAGAAUAUUAAUGUACAAUAAACAUGAAUUGUCCAAACAUUUUCUUUAACCUUUUCACGUCAAGCGUUAGUUGGAACCAUACUUAUAUGGGCAGUCCUGAUAUCUCAUCUUUAAGGGUCUAAUUAUCCUUCCCCCUCUCCCCCUACACACAGGAACACGGUUACUAGCUAGUACUGUAGUUUACUUGAUGGUGUCACUGUAUUGCAUGAUGAUUUUGUACUCCACUAUUUUCUUUAUUUUAUUUUUUGUUCAUGUAAUUUCAGUACAUGUAUUGUUUAUACCAUUUUAACUAA